AUGUCCAGUUCAGAAGACGAAGAGGCUUACGAUAUUGCCUCCAAUAUUGCGCUCAAUGCCAGCGACAGCGACUCGGACAACAGCUCCAGUGAUGAGGAGAGCGGACAAGAAGUGCAGGACGAAAUAAUCUCUUCAGACGAAGAGGAAGAAGUUACAAAGCCAAAGGCGAAAAAACAGAAGAAAACAAAUAAGCUGCCAUCGAUAGCAGAUUUCCCCUCAUUAUCUGCCGAUAAUGAGCCUGGCCCGGCUGGUGAUCUGGAGGACUACUUCAAGUCUGCUGAUACCAAAAAGGCCAAGGCAGGUUCGUUUGCUUCCUUUGGAAUGUCCAAAUUUGUGCUGAACAACAUCUCCAAGAAAGGAUACCGCCAGCCCACUCCGAUCCAGCGUAAGACCAUUCCUCUUAUUUUGGACAGCCGUGAUGUGGUUGGUAUGGCCCGUACUGGAUCAGGUAAAACAGCUGCUUUUAUACUGCCCAUAGUGGAGAAACUGAAAACGCAUGUUGCCAAAAUUGGUGUAAGAGCAGUCAUUCUUUCCCCAUCGAGAGAACUGGCAGCUCAGACUCACAAACAGUUCAAGGAGUUCAGCAGAGGAAGCGAUCUCAGAUCACUGCUGCUGGUGGGUGGUGAUUCACUGGAGGAUCAGUUCGGAUCAAUGAUGUCCAACCCAGACGUGAUCAUUGCCACACCUGGUAGAUUUUUGCAUCUGAAAGUUGAGAUGAAUUUAGACUUGUCCACUGUGGAAUACAUCGUUUACGACGAAGCCGACAGGUUGUUUGAAAUGGGUUUCGCAGAGCAAUUGAACGAACUGUUAGCGUCUUUGCCUCCAAAGAGACAAUCGUUGUUGUUCUCGGCCACACUUCCUGCAUCUUUGGUUGAUUUUGCCAAAGCUGGUCUUUCUAAUCCGGUUUUAGUAAGACUUGACUCUGAGGCCAAGAUUUCUGACCAAUUGGAGAUGGCUUUUAUCUCCACCAAGAGAAACGAAAGGGAGGCUAAUUUGCUGUUCAUCCUGCAAGAAGUGAUAAAGUUACCAUUUGCUACAGUUGAAGAGCUGAAAAAGCUGGAAGGUGCAAAUAACGAGAUUGACUCAGACGACGAAGAUAACGCCCCAGAAGGAGAAGAUGGAAAGAAGAGAAAACGCAAGUUCAAGAAGAGGGAAAGACUUCCAAAGGCCAAUGAGCUUCCCUCACCAUAUUCAACGAUCGUUUUUGUUCCUACAAGACAUCAUGUUGAGUAUGUGACUCUUUUGCUAAAAGAAUUGGGUUAUGCCACUUCGUACAUCUAUGGUUCUCUUGAUCAGUAUGCCAGAAAGAGACAGAUGUUGAACUUCAGACUUGGCUUGUCUCAUGUCUUGGUAGUGACAGAUGUCGCUGCCAGAGGUAUCGACAUUCCCGUUCUUGCCAACGUUGUGAACUACUCUCUUCCCGCAAGCUCCAAGAUUUUCAUCCACAGAGUUGGAAGAACUGCCAGAGCAGGUAACAAAGGUUGGGCCUAUUCGAUUGUGGGGGACUCCGAGAUUCCAUAUUUACUUGAUCUGGAAAUGUUUCUUGGAAAGAAGGUGUACUUGACAUCGAUCCACACCAAAAAAAUUGAAAUAGCCCACCAGAAGCACGAAGAGGCUAACGACGGGUCUGUGUUCGAAGAACCAAAGGUUUCGUACAUCAACAGACUUGUUCUAGGCGGAGCCCCAAGAAACGAACUAGAGUCUUACAGUGACAUUUUUGAAGGAAUCAUAAAAUCCAACUAUGAACUCAAGACUCUGAGAGACGUUUCUGUGAAAGGUGAAAAACUUUAUUUCCGUACGAGAUCGGCAGCUUCGGCCGAAUCUAUGAGGAGAGCUAAGGAGUUAAUCCAAUAUGGCUGGGAUGAGCAGCAUCUUCUGUUUGGCAAAAACCAAGAGUUGGCUAAAGACGAGUUUUUGGCAAAAUUGCAGAACAGAAACAACAAAGAGACAGUUUUCGAAUUCUCCAAGAAAGACGACUCCAUGAUGGAUCUGAUGAGCAAGAUGCGUCGUCAAAUUGCUCCUAUCAAGCGCAGAGCCCAGGAGAGAAAAGAGUUGUUGGAAAGAGAGAGGAUGGCUGGUCUCUCGCACACUCUAGAAGAUGAAGUGUUGAAAGGUGAUGAUGAGGAGGUUGGUUACACAGUUGCUGAAGACGUGCUGAAGGAAGCGUUUCAGGAUGCAGACGAUUUGGCUCCAUCCAAGAAGUCCGGUAAGAGGAAGUCUUACAGAGACGAGCAGUUCUUUUUGCCUCAUUAUGCACCAUCUUCUGCCAUUCAGGAUAAACAGCUUCAACUGGAUACCACUUCAUUUGUGCACGAUGCCAACAGAGCCACUUUCGAACUAGACAACGAUGAUAAGAUACAGGUCCACAAACAAACCCAGGUGAUGCAAUGGGACAGAAAGAAGGGUAACUACGUCAAUUCACAAUCCACAGACAAAAAGUUCAUCAUUGGAGAGAGUGGACAGAGACUGCCUGCUACUUACAGAUCAGGUAAAUUCGAUGCUUGGAAGUCUGCCAACAAUGUGAAAAAUCUUCGUGCUGGACUUCCAGAGACUGGCGGUGUCAGAGGCCCUAGGAAUAGCGAGCACAAGGCCCCUGGUGGCAGGUUUAACCACAAGCAGAUGAAAGCUCCAAAGUUGCCUGACAAGGCCAGAGACGAUUACUUCAAGCAGAAGAAGAAGGUGGAGAAGGCGUUGGAUAGUGGUGUUAGGGUCAAGGGCUAUAAUAGACCAGGCCUUCAACAGGAAAUCAAGUCGUCGGAGCAGAUCAGGAAGCAGAGAGAGUCAAAGGACAAGCGUAAGCAAAAGACGGGGAGACCACAGAAGAAGAGACAUUGA